UAGUGCUCUUUUUUAUGCGACAAUUUGAUGUGUUUAGGUAGUUAGUUUUUGUCAAACCCAUCGAUCAAAUGCGUGUUCUAUUUGACAGUUGACUCACUAUUUUGUUUUCAUGAAAUGCUAAGUAGUUAAUUUCUUCUACCAAUGAAAAAAAUGUUUCCAAUUUCUAUUAGCAAGUUUGUAACAUUAUAGAAUUUCACAAAGGCUCCUGUAACUUCUUUUUGGUCUAAUGAACAAUUCAAUUGGAUUCAUCUUGUUUCUGGUUUUUUGUGUUAAUGUUACAGUUUUAGUUCAAGCACAACAACAAACAGGUUAGCAGCAUUUUCAAUCAGCUAAUUCUGUUUGAGCUUCAUAAGCAUUGAUUGUGGUGGUCCAGAGAAUCUUGAGUACACUGAUGAUACAAAAAUAAAAUACAGCACAGAUGGAUCUCACAUACAAACAGGACUUAACAUGAACAUUUCUUCUGAGUAUGCAUAUCCAAAGAAUCCAAAUCUACCAUUACCACUCUCAGAUCUCAGAAGUUUUCCUCAAGGAAAGAGGAACUGUUACCGAUUAAUUGCCGGAAGAAGAGGCAGUUUACAUUUAAUAAGAGCUUCUUUCUUGUAUGGAAACUAUGAUGGAGAAAACAAACUACCUGAAUUUGAUCUCUAUAUUGAUGUCAAUUUUUGGUCAUCGGUGAAAUUCAGAAAUGCUUCAGAAGAAGUUACAUUGGAAAUAAUAAGUGUGGCGAAAUCGGAGGAAACAAAUGUUUGUCUUGUGAAUAAAGGAGAUGGAAUUCCUUUUAUAUCAGCAUUGGAACUUAGACCAAUUAAUAAUUCAAUUUAUAACACUGAGUUUGGUGAAUCUGCUUCACUUUUACUUUACAAAAGAUUUGACAUUGGAUUAAUCAAUGGAAGUGGUAGAUAUGAAGAUGAUGUUUAUGAUAGAAUUUGGUUUCCAUUUAGUUCCUCUUCGUGGAAAUCUUUAAACACUUCUUCAGAAAUUGAUGUUAAUGGAGAUGGAUUUAAAGUACCAUUUGAAGUUAUUAGAACUGCUGCUACGCCAAGGAAUGAAAAUGAUAGUUUGGAAUUUUCUUGGAUUCCAAGUAAUCCAAAUUUGAAAUUUUAUGUCUUUUUGUAUUUUGCUGAAUUGGUGAAACUUAAGAAAACUCAGCUGAGAAAAUUCAAUAUUUCUUGGAAUGGUUCUCCUUUGACUAAAUCAUUAGUACCAAGCUACUUGUACGCAACCACUGUUUUUAAUUUGAAGUCGUUGGUGGCGAACGAGCAUCGAAUUUCAAUACAGAAAACCGAAGAUUCGACACUUCCACCUAUUCUUAAUGCAGUGGAGAUUUAUGUACUAAGACAAGUUGAAGCACUUCCAACAUUUGAAGAAGAUGUUGAAGCUAUAAGGAGCGUAAAAGAAAGUUAUAGAGUUCAAAGAAAUUGGGUAGGUGAUCCAUGUGAACCAAAGAACUACACUUGGGAGGGCUUAAAAUGCAACUACAGCACUUCACUUCCUCCAAGAAUUGUAUCACUGAAUCUAAGCAGAAGCAGUCUGAGUGGGACAAUAGCUCCUGCCAUUUCCAACCUGUCUUUCUUGGAAUCUUUGGAUUUAUGUAACAAUAGCUUAACUGGAUCAAUGCCUCAGUUUUUGGAAGAAUUGAGUUCCCUUAAAUAUUUGAAUUUAAGAGGCAACCAACUUUCAGGUUAUGUCUCUACCACUCUCUUACAAAGAUCAAAGACUGGAUUACUUACUUUGAGGGUGGAUGAUAAAAAUCUCUCUGAUUCAGAUUCAAGUAACAAAAAGAAGGAAAUUGUUUCCAUUGUGGCAUCACUAUCAUCAGUUUUAGUUCUAUUGGUCUUUGCCAUUCUCUAUUGGAAGCAUAGAAGAAAUGAACAAUCAGAGGAGGAGAUGAACAUGGUGUAUAAAGGAGUAAAAACUGUAGAAUCAAAGAAGUGGCAAUAUACUUAUACUGAGGUGUUGGAAAUCACCAACAACUUUGAAAUGAUCAUUGGGAAGGGAGGAUUUGGAACUGUUUACUGUGGUCAGAUGAAAGAUGGCAAUAAAGUUGCAGUCAAGAUGCUUUCUCCAUCUUCAGCUCAGGGGCCAAAGGAAUUUCAAACUGAAGCUGAACUUUUGAUGACUGUUCAUCACAAAAAUUUGGUAUCCUUCAUUGGCUAUUGUGAUGAAGGUGACAAGAUGGCACUCAUAUACGAGUACAUGGCCAGUGGCAACCUGAAAGAUUACCUCUCAGAUAAAAAUUCACAUUGUUUGAGUUGGGAAAGGAGACUUCAAAUAGCAAUUGAUGCUGCAGAGGGAUUGGACUACCUACACCAUGGAUGCAAGCCACCUAUAAUACACAGAGAUGUAAAGUCAGCUAACAUUCUUCUAAGUGAAGACUUAGAAGCUAAGAUAGCAGAUUUUGGACUCUCUAAGGUGUUUAAGAAUAGUGAUAACAGAAAUGCAGAAUCUGCAAUGAUUCAUGUUGAUGAUAGAAAUGAAACAUCUACAAUCAUGGGAACAAUGGGUUAUCUUGAUCCAGAGUACUACAAAUUAAGAAACUUGAAUGAAAAAAGUGACAUAUAUAGCUAUGGAGUAGUACUAUUGGAAUUAAUCACAGGUCUCCCUGCAGUAAUGAAAGGAAAGCCAUCAAUACACAUACUUGAGUUUGUAAUACCACAACUUGAAAAGGGUGAAAUAAGUAGAAUCAUAGAUCCAAGACUCCAAGGAAAAUUUGAUAUAAAUUCAGGAUGGAAAGCAUUAGGAUUAGCAAUUGCAUGCACUGCAUCAACCUCAAUUCAGAGACCAACAAUGAGUGCUGUGUUAUCAGAGCUGAAACAAUGUGUUAAAUUGGAGUCACAUAAUGAUAGUGAAAUAUUUGUGGCACCACGACAUAUCUAUAGUGAACUUUAUAGUUCAUCUGAAGCAUUUAAAUCUAUAGAUAGUGAAUCUAUGACAUAUUCGUUCCCAAGGUGAAUGUGUAUUUUUAGCCACUAAGAAGUAUUUAUUUAAUUUUGUAAAUUUUAAUGAAACUAUAAGAUGAAUGACAUUGAGUUUCUAGAAGUAGCAUUCCUUUUGUAUUAUUCAUCAUGUCUACAACUAAUGAACUCUAUUGUGCAUUAUUUUGUGAUUA